CCCGGCAACCUUUGCGGGCGGAUCUCUUUAGCAAGAUGGCGGAACCACCCGUACCUAUUAAAGACUUGAGGCUCCUGGAUGUGAAAUUGGGUCAGUUGCCCGCCUGGUUCACAUCGCUCAAUUACACCCCCAGAGCUUUUCUGGAAUCGUGUAACAGAGGCCGAAACAGGUUCUUGGCGAAAUACUGGGAACCGAAGAGAUGUGGCAUCGCUGGUCCUGCCAUGUUUUUAUCCGCUUAUGUGGUUUUCAGCUAUUACGUAUUGUAUGAUCGACUCAAGUACGAACGCUUGAGAAAGUACCACUAAGAUUCCACCGACAAGAAUACAAGUUUCUCUCGCUGUGAUCAGUCAACCACAAGCAACUGACCUCUGUAUUUCUCUUACAAAGUGUCAAAUGUACGCUGAGACCAAUAAUAAAAUAAUUCAAUCUG